AGCACUUUAACAGUAUGCUUAUGAAUGUAGAAUGAAUGACAAAGGUGGAAGAAGCAUGCUCUCUUUCAGGCAGUAAUGAAUGAAGACUGUUUACGGAUUUCGAGAGAUGUUACCGCAAAACGAUACUAUGCAUGAGACGACCAUGACUCAGAUCAGCGUGGCGGCCACCAACUGCAACCUGACCUACUUUGAUGACCGCGUGCCCCUGGUCGUGCUUUACAGUGUGGUACUGAUUAUCGGGCUGCCCGCCAAUAUCGUUACUGUCUACCUGACCUUCCUCCAGGUGCGCCGCAAAAACGUCCUGGGCAUCUAUCUGUUGAGCCUGUCCGUGUGCGACCUCAUCUACCUCUGCACCCUGCCCAUGUGGGCUGACUACGCGAACAUGGGCCACCAGUGGCGCUGGAGCUCCAUGGCUUGCAAGGUGACGGGCUACUUCUUCUUCAACAACAUGUACAUCAGCAUCUUCCUGCUGUGCUGUGUCUCCAGCGACCGAUAUGUGGCCGUGGUCUACGCCGUGGAGUCGCGCGGCCUUCGCCAGCAGAGGCUGGCAGUUGCGGUUACCAUGGUAAUCGUCCUGGUGGUGUUCAUGGGCCACGUGCCAGUUUUUACCAUGAUGGAGGGCAACGUGGUAGAGAAGAAAUGCUUCGAGCCGGGCCAGAGCACGCUCACAGUGACGGGUUUCAACUACGCACGCUUCGUCAUUGGCUUCUUGGCCCCGCUGGUCGUGCUGGUGGUCACCAACCGUGCCAUCCUGGCCAGCGUGCAGGCCAGCACGGGGCUGCAGCCGUGCCAGAAGGAGCGGGUGCGCUACUUGGCGAUUGCCGUGGUUAUCCUCUUCCUGGUGUGCUUCGCGCCGUACCACAUCAUCCUGCUGCUGCGCGCAGUCACCUUCCACAUCCCCAAGCUGCAGAAGACAUGCGACUUCGAGGAAAGAAUCUACACCCCUUACACUAUCUCUUUGGGCCUGUCCACCUUAAACAGCGCCAUCAACCCCAUCCUCUACGUGCUCUCCAGCGACAACAUUCGCAAGGAGCUGCGUCGCGGCCUGAAAUACCCGGGGCGGGCCACCCUGCAGCCGCGUUCCACCGACAGUAGCCAGCACAAGAUGCACAACUCCAAGAACUCGUCAGAAGUGGUGGCCGCCAUACUGGAUGUGGCGAAGCAUGACAGAGGAAGGGUAGGGGUUUGAUAUGUGAGCCAGAGUGGAAUGCAGAUAUGACUGCUGAAGGAACUCUGGGAUGGUGACUUGCAGGUACUCUGGAAUAUUAAACAAACUCAGCAUAGAGCCAGGUGGAACCCCAAAUAUAGCAAGCGCAAUGGGAGACAAUGUAUUCCAGCCAUCCCAGAAACUGACUGGAAUGUAUAUGAUUGAAAUGUGUCAAGCAGGACUUCAACCCCACUUUAAGUUAAUUUCUGCCUAAUUAUUUGUUGUUCGUCUCCGGUUGAAGAAAUUGGGUCAUUCCUGCUAUGCGGUACCUUUUGGACCUCAUAACUUUUGUAUUCUAUUUUUUGUAUUCUAUUUUUAGUGUACUAUCAGAAAAAUGGAAACAUAUUGGUCAAGAUCAGGCACUUACAUUUUUUGAUAAUAAAUAAUAAUAAAAUGAUAAUAAAUAAAGCAAUUAUGAUAAAAAACAUUAUUUGAUGGGAGAAUUUAACUAGGACUAUAAAAUAAUGAAAACAUUUUUUAAAUAGUGUAUUUUAUGACUAAUAUUUCUCAUGGAAGUUGAUGAAUAACAACCGGGGACAAAAAAUACCUACAUCUACUGAAGAAAAGUGUUCGAAAUGCAUAGAAUUCCCUUUCAAUAUCCUUAUUUUUGUGAUUUUAAGGUAAAGGACACCUGACUUUAUAUUUAAAGCCUUUUAGAAUCCACAUUUUACACUGAAUAAGAAGUAAUAUACUGAAUCCUGGGGACAGAAAAGGCACCACAUACGGAUGUAGGAAUUACCCAAUUGUCAAUGUUUGCCAAAUUCAGCAUUUAUUUGUGUCCAUGUGAAAAGUUUGAAACUUGACUGCUCUGGUGCUAAUGUAGAAGUGAGAAACAGAUUUUCUAUUAAUAUUAGUAUACUAGUAUUUGUUAAAGAAAUUGUGCAAAAUGUGAUACGCUGCGAUACAUAUUAUACAUAUAUUGUGUUUGUCUCUAGAAACGUAGGUGAUUUCACAGUAGAUGAGACAUAGAUCAACAGCAUGCUCUUACAGUUUAUUUUAUUUUUAGUGUUUGUUGUGUUUUUGGUGUUGUGUUUUGCAACAUGAAGAUAUAACCUUUUAUAUACGUUUAGUGUUUUUCAUCCUAUGUUGCAGACCUUUUUAAAAGUUUGUAAAAAAGCAAAGGCUUGUUCUUGUUAUUGAAACAUUUCAUCUCGAUGAGUAUUAUUUAUACAGUUUUACUGUACAUUUUUAAAUAAACAUUUGAAGUAAAAUGUGA